CUGCCUCAAGUAAUUAUUGAUAAGUUUAUUCUCCCCGCUGGGUGUUAUUGACAGUUAACAAUCUAGCUAGCUAAGAGGAUCUGGUCAUCAUGGAGCAAGCCAAUGAUAUUGAGCAAGGGGAUGGAGGACAUAAGAGUACAAUUACUACAAAAGAGCUAGAAGAAACUCUUAAAAAGCAUAAUGAGCCAAGAAAUAGAUGGAAUGCAAUCUUUACAAUAUCAUGUGCAAUUGCAAUCUUCAUUGAUCCUUUGUACUGUUACGCUCCUGUGAUCCACGGCAAGUGCUUGGAACUGCACCAACGUUUGAUGUGGACGUAUAUUGGUUUACGAUUAGCCGUCGAUGUCUUUUACGCAAUCGACCUGGGUAAAUGGUGGUCCCGAAGUAAGAAGACAAAAGUUCUAUAUCUCAUUUUGGUUUCGCUUCCCCUGCCAGAGGGACUGUUACUCUCCUCUAUAUGCUCGGAAUUACUAUUAUAUACCUGGGAUCCUACUUAUGCUCUUAUAAUCACGACUCCAAUCCAAUAUUCCUUACGAAUUUAUCACAUGUACGUAUCCUUGAGGCGGCGACGUCCUAUCUUUAAGUCUGGAAUGGGAAAAUGGCUUACAGCUGUAAUGGAUUACCUUCCCUUCGUCCUUGCUUCUCAUCUAUUUGGAGCUUUAUGGUAUCGUCUUGCUGUUCAGCGACAGAUAGAUUGUUGGAAGUCACAUUGUGAAAAGCUCCUCCUGCCGGUCACUAAGCAAUGUAAAUCUAUAAGCAGUCGAGAUUUUUUCUGUAAAACGAUGUCCUCAUUGAACACCAGCGAUAUCUCUAUAUGGGAUAAAUUAUGUCAUCCGGUUAAAGAAGCAAAUCCAGAAGCCUUUGAUUUUGGUAUAUAUCUCCACGCUCUUCAGUCUAAUGUGACAAGUUCAACACAUGCCGUGAAAAGAAUUUCUCAAUCUUUUUGGUGGGCACUUCGAAAUCUGAGUUCCUUUGGUUCAAACCUCCAGACUAGUCUGUAUACAAUGGAAAUCUUCUUGUCUGUGUUGAUAUCUAUAAGUGGCAUGGCGUUAUUUUUAGUAUAUCUAAAUGCACGGGUACAGGAGUCACAAAAGAUACUAAUGGAGUCUAAAUCAAAAAAGAAGACGCAGUUGCUGAAACCAGAUAUAGAUCUAUGGUUAUACAAAAAUAACAUCCGAUUUCAAAAAGAUAACAUCCAAGAGGAUGAGGAUCUGAAGAGACUCAAGAAAGCCAUCAUGGAAAACAUACACAAACUUGGAGAAAACAAUGAUAUCGAUUUGCAAAACAUGCUCUCUAUUCUUCCCGUAAAUGACAAAAAAAGAAUCAUCCGGUUGCUCUGUUUGGAUUCACUAAAGAAAGUGCCUAUACUUGAAAAUAUUCGUGAAAAUGUUUUGAUAGCAAUCUGUCAGCAUCUUAAGCCAGUGACAUACACUGAAGACAACUACAUUGUUCAAGAGGGGAGACCACUUGGAAAGAUGAUCUUCAUCAUGCAAGGUCUUGCAUGGACUUACACAGCCAGUAACAUAAUCGGCGAAACGUUAAAGAGAGGCGAUUUUUACGGAGAAGAAGUUUUAACUUGGGCAUUCCAAUCUCUCUCCUUUUCUGGUUUACCCAUCUCAACAAGAUCUGUUAUGUCUCAAGGAAAAAUCGAAGCCUUUGCUAUCAAAGCCGAUCACUUGAAGAGUGUUGUAUAUAAGUUUUGGUGGCAUUUUAGGAAAGAGGUAGGUGUUUCACAGUUGGAGCUCUGGGAGCAUUUGGCAGCGUCUUCCAUACAAGCUGCUUGGCGCCUCCGUAAUGCAAAAUCUAAACCCUUGUCUAAGUGGUACAAGAUUCCUUAUCCCUAAACGGCUGCUAUUGCGUUUCAGUUUGCGAUCUAAUCGCUUUUGUUUGCAAUCGUUUGUGUAGUGUGUUGUAUUAUUUUACACUUUUAUAGAACAAUAUGUACAUACGUUUGUGUUUGUAUUUGUUUGUGUUAUUUGUGUAGUAAUUUUCACAAUCAACCAAUCAAUAUAUUGAUCAUCGAGCAAUGCUAGAUGCACCAAUUGCUUC